AUGACAGCUGAUAGACGAUUUUGUAUUCUUGAUUCUGUAAUCGACGCAAUUGGUUCUACUCCAUGCAUUCGAUUACAUCGCACACCAAAAAAACACGGUGUGUCUUGUGAAGUUAUUGCCAAAUGUGAGUUUUUAAAUCCUGGCGGUAGUGUGAAGGAUCGUAUUGCACGACAAAUGGUUCUUGACGCUGAAGCCUCAGGUCGACUACGCGGGAAAGAAACACUUAUUGAACCCACAAGUGGAAAUACCGGAAUAGGACUAAGUAUGGUGGCAGCCGUGAGAGGAUAUAAUAUGGUUAUUGCCAUGCCAAAGAAAAUGUCCCAUGAAAAGGAAGUAACACUGCAAGCACUUGGAGCUAAUGUGAUCCGAACUGAAACAUCCUUACCAUGGGAUCACCCAGAUAGUCUUAUUGGUGUGGCACGUCGAUUGGAAAGAGAAAAAGGUUAUGUUUUAUUGGAUCAAUAUAAAAAUCCAAGUAACCCCAGGGCACACUAUGAAGGAACAGCACAAGAAAUAUACGAUCAAUGUGGUGGUAAAAUUGAUAUGGUGGUGAUUGGAGCUGGAACUGGAGGCACAGUGGCUGGUGUAGGAAAACGACUAAAAGAAUUACUGCCUAAUAUUAUUGUUAUUGGUGUAGAUCCAUAUGGAAGUAUUUUGGCAGAUCCAUCUGAUGUUAAAAGUACCAAUACACCCUAUCUUGUUGAAGGUAUUGGAUACGAUUUUGUGCCAGAUGUCUGUGAAAGACAGUAUGUUGAUAAAUGGGUAAAGUGUGCUGAUAAAGAGAGUUUUGAACUUGCUUCUGAACUUCAUCGUGAUGAGGGUCUUCUUGUGGGUGGUAGCAGUGGUUCUGCUAUGUGGGGAGUAUUGCAAGCGGCAAAAGAUCUUCGCCCUGAUCAACGUUGUGUAGUAUUAUUUCCUGACGGUAUUCGUAAUUAUAUGACUAAAUUUCCAGACAAAAACUGGCUCAUUGAAAAAGGUUUACUUGAAGGUGAAGUAACACGCCCGACAUACGAGAGUCUUCAGGCACAACUGGCUGAGGUAAAGAAAAAAUUGAGUGCAUACGAAAACAAAUAA